AUGGCUGAACGAUCGUCAACAGCAACGGCAAUUCUGCCUGUCAACGCCAAAAACAUCGGCAAACUGAAAAUUAGACCAAAGAGUGAUGACCUCCUCGAUGAUAUUGAGAUAGAUCUGGACGAGACUUCAUCUGACGCACAGCAUCUUCUUCGUGCAGCAGAGGAGCUGAGGACUUCUAAUGUCCCCAUUGCCUUCCCUACCGAGACUGUCUAUGGACUUGGCGCAGACGCUACUCGGAGUAAUGCCGUACAGGGUAUUUAUCAUGCUAAGCAAAGACCGUCCGACAAUCCACUCAUUGUGCACUUCGCUUCUCUCGACCAACUGAGAGCUCUGCUCCGACCUGGCAUGAGUAUUGGAGAUGGGCCUUCGAUAAAUGCUACCAACGAUCCUAUACCGUCUAUCUAUAGGCCGUUGAUCAAGCAAUUCUGGCCUGGUCCAUUGACCAUUAUUCUGCCUAAUCCAACCGGGUCGCCGUUGGCACCCGAGGUCACUGCCGGACUGAGCACGUUCGGAGCCCGCAUGCCUGCGCAUCUACUUGCUCUGGCACUUAUCAAGCUGACACAUGUUCCAGUCGCAGCGCCUUCUGCGAAUGCGUCGACGAAGCCUUCGCCUACUGCAGCAGAACAUGUACAUCAUGAUCUCGAUCGUCGAAUACGUACCAUUAUCGAUGGUGGGCCAUGCAGUGUGGGCGUCGAGAGCACAGUCGUCGAUGGGCUAUCUGAACCACCAACGAUCCUACGACCUGGUGGCAUCAGCAUUGAACAACUGCGAUCGUGUCCUGGUUGGGAGAACGUGCAGAUGGGCUAUAAAAACGCUGCCGAGACAGGAAGCCAGCCAAGAGCACCAGGCAUGAAGUAUCGCCACUACUCGCCGAAGGCUCCCGUGAUUCUGUAUGAGGUUGGAAGAAGCCCUCCUGCCAACCAGGAGAUGGUACCAUUUCUUGGAACCAAUCAACGUUUAGGCAUGGUCCGCACCAAGCGAUGGAAAGUCAACCAUCGACACGAGGAUAGAGCGGUCACACUCGAGGCUGGCAAUGUGAAUGGCACAGAGCUAUCUAAUCGCAAUCGCGACAACAGGCAUAUGACCGGAGUCACUGCUCUUAUUGCCGCCCUAGACGCAACACCCGAGCCACGUAAGGCGAUGCAGUCGAUGUCAUUAAACGCCCAAGAGACUACGUUCCUCGUCCUUGAUAUCAAUAUCGGUCCGAGCACAGACAGUAUCGCCAGAGGCAUUUUCGCGGCUUUACGCGAGCUUGAUAGAGAGGAUGUUGAUGCUAUACUGGUGGAGGGCAUCGACGACAUCGAAGACUCGGUCGCCGCAGCGGUCAUGAACAGGAUACGCAAAGCAUCAGAAAUCAAGCUGUCUUCAUAA